AUGGUUGUGAAACAUGAUACUGUAGAGUACAAGGAUGGCAAUGCUGUAUUGGAAGGGUAUUUGUACCAGCCGGAAACGUAAGGUUUUGGGGCUUAAAAUAGAUUUAAAAAUUGUUCUUUUGUUUUGUAAAGAAAGUUCUUGUUAUUUUUAGAUUUGUAAAGAAAGUUCUUGCUAUUUUUAGAUUUGUAAAGAAAGUUUUUACCAUUUUUUAUUUUGUAAAGAAAGUUCUUGCUAUUUUUAGAUUCGUAAAGAAAGUUUUUACCAUUUUUUGUUUUGUAAAUAAAGUUCUUGCCAUAUUUUAUUGUGUAAAGAAAGUUCUUAAUAUUUUUUGUUUUGUAAAGAAAGUUCUUGCCAUUUUUUUAUUUGUAAAGAAAGUUUUUACCAUUUUUAUUUUGUAAAGAAAGUUCUUGUUAUUUUUUGCUUUUUAAAGAAAGUUCUUGCCAUUUUGUAUUUUGUAAACAUAAUUUGUGUUAUUCUUCUCAUUUUUAGGUUGGCUUCAAAAGCACCAGCUAUAUUAGUCUAUCCAGCUUUGUGGGGACCAUCUGAUCAUGAGAAAAGUGUGGCCAAAGAGCUGGCAGAGGUAAGAUCAAUGUUAUUUUAUAUUUAAUUUUCAUUUUUUCGAAAAUUAAAAAAAAAAUUUUGUAAUUUGAAUUUUUUUUUAAAUUUUAAAAUUUUUUAGUUAGGCUUCAUAACCUUCGUUGCGGAUCCUUAUGGUAAGGGAAUUCGACCGACGGUGAGAGAAGAAGCUUUUGGAUUGUUAAUGUCAUUUAUGAACGCUCGGGAGGAAAAGCUGAAGCCAAGGAUAGUGGCUGCUUAUGAUUAUUUGAAAAAUGUCCAGAAUGUGGAUACUGAUAAGGUAAGUUUUAAAGCAUACAGGUCACACCUUAAGCCUAAAAUUAUUUUUAAGCAUACAGAUGUAAUUAAGCUUAAAAAUACCUUAAGGUUGCACAUUUUUCAUUUUACCUUCAGAUCUGUUCAAUUGGCUUUUGUUUUGGCGGUACAUGUACCAUUGACCUAGCACGUCAUAAUGUUGACAUUAAACUUGGAGUCAGUUUCCACGGUGGAUUCAAGCCAACAGCAGAAGGUCAAGACUUCUCUAAACUUUCCAAAAUCACAACUGAACUUCUGAUUUGUCACGGUGACGCGGACGAUCACGUUAACCCCACUGUUCCAACGUUUUUGGAGGAAUUGAGAGCACGGGAUGCUAAUUUUACAUUUGUACGGUAUUCGAAGGCUCCACAUGGCUUCACGAUGGCUUCGAAUCCGUCGGCUCCAAAAAGUGUUGCUUAUGACGAGAGGGCGGAUCGAAAGUCGAAGCAAGCCAUGUUGGAGAUGCUGGAUGAAAUCGUUGGUAUUCCUAACAAAAACCUCGCUAAUGCUCUUUGA